AUGUCAAAGAUGCGUUUAGGCUGGUAUGCCGGGGCCUCAUCGGCCCUUGCGGGAUCGGUGGUUCUAUCGGCAUUCUACCAGAGGUCCAACUUCUACUCGGCCAUGGUUUAUUUCGCUCAGAGCAACUUCUGUCUUCUGAUACUCCUAAACUUUACCCUUAUCGUCUACAGCAGUUUCUUGUAUAGCCUUACGCGACUAUGUUUUGGCCGAUUGCGAGCUGUCGAGAUCGAACAGCUCACCGAAAGAGCCUGGUUCGCCAUCACCGAGACCUGCCUUGCCAUGACGAUAUUCCGGGAAGAGAUUGGGGCUUGGUUUCUUGUUAUGUUCACGGCUUUGGUGACCGGAAAAGUCUGGGGCUGGAUAGGAGAUGGCCGAGUCGAAGUCCUCGAACAGCAGCCUCCAGCAAACCCCCGCCUGUUCCACCUGCGCCUCAGUAUUUCUCUCGCGGCAAGCUUCAUAUACGACGUCUGGCUGCUCCGUUAUACCAUCAAUACGGUCAUCCAACAAGCGCGUCCUAAUAUGAUGGUAAUGUUCUUGUUCGAGUUCGCCGUUUUGGCCACAUGUUCAUGGCGCACCGGUGUUCGCUACUUGCUCUCAAUCACCGAGCAAAACAUCGUCAAAUCUCAAACUCAAAAACGCCUGCUGGAGAGGAGGAGAGAGGUCAGAGAGCAGCGUUUGGCGAUGCUCAGACAACGAGAGCAAGCCGAAGCGGCCGGGGAAGAGCCGCCAGCAAACCAGGAGCCCCUACCGAAUGAGGAUGAUGUUGAUGAGAUGGACAUUGAAGUUCCAGGCUGGGCGUCCAAAGGCGAAUGGGUACUUUGGCUUGACCUGAUCACCGAUAUGAUCAAACUUGGCAUUUACGUUGCCUUUUUCUUCAUGCUCCUCAUGUUCUAUGGUCUCCCGAUUCAUAUCAUCAGAGAUCUUUUCAUGACAUCGAGAGAUUUCUUGAAACGGCUGACUGCGCUCCUACGCUACCGCCGUGCUAUCCAGGAAAUGAAUCGUUAUCCUGAUGCCACAGAAGAAGAGCUGGCUCAGGAGAACACGUGCAUCAUUUGUCGUGAAGAGAUGCGGCCUUGGGACCCAGAAAAUACGGGUGCUGUUGAUCGUACCCGUCCCAAGAAGCUACCAUGUGGCCACACUCUACACCUGGGUUGUCUCAAGAGUUGGCUUGAGCGUCAACAGGUGUGCCCGACCUGCAGAAGCCCUGUGACUGUUGAUCGGGCACGGGCUUUCCCCAACCGCCGAAUGGGUCUUAGGAUACAAGUUGGUGGCAAUGGUCAACAGGGCGCUGCACAGCAAGGUGCGAAUGCCCCUGACCCUGGUGCAGCGGACGGACAGCAGCAGCAACAGCCGCAACAAGCUCCAGGUCCCCAUGAUAAUCAGCAGCCUGAGAACAGACCCCGGAUCUUUAACCUUGGUCCCCUUAGACUGGGUUUUGGUGCAAAUGGUGCACAAGUUAGGGAGCUUGCACGUCAAUUUGGAGCUCAGCCUGGAGUAGGCAAUGUUGGAGCAGCGCCAGCUGUACCAGCGGCACCAUCUCCAGGAACAACGGCACAACCACCAUCCUCAAACGACAACCUCCAGAAUGCCGCGCACCUACUCCAACAAGCCGAGCAGGCUUUCCAGCGCGAGAUGUCUGCCCUCGAUCUUAGACUGCGAGAGCUUCAAACAUGCGAUCUCCUCCUCGCAGAGUUGCAAAGGAUUCGCCAGCGCCACGCAUUGUUAGAUCAAACAACGGCCGUGAAUACCUUGCCUGGCUCAUCUCCCAACCUGUCGUUUCCGGCAUCCUUGUCUCCUAACACUGGUGGGGUUUUCCCUCAUCAAGUGCCGUCGUUCCCAAGCGUUCCGGCGCGGAUUAACAGCCCCUUGCUCGGCCGCCAUGGAACUACCAGUUACACAACAGAAAUCCCUGCCGGAAGCCCUGAUCUUCCAGAUGGCGUCGUGAUCCCACCAGGCUGGUCGCUUAUGCCGCUCCAAAGACUGAGUGGGAUCCAGCCUCCCCGGCAGCCAUCGCCCCAUCCUGGCCCUGCACCUCCAUCUGUGCCCAGCACCGAACCUGAGAGUGGUGCGUCCCCGGCUGGAGAUGCCCACGGUCGUUCUGUGAGACCUACCGAAGCCUCCAGCGAUGCACAUGCCUCGCGUUCAAUUCCCGCUGUCCAUACAAGCCGGACAACUGCGGACACACCCGUGGUCAGCCCAAGCCCUGUGCUACCAAACUGGGGUGGCCCCGCCCAGCUCUUCGGAAGCAGCGCACGUCUUGACGCGACGUCCGCGAUGGAGUCGCAACUCGAACCAGCUGCCCAAGCCGCUGCUGAACCAGCCGCGGCGGACCAAUCUUCCCAAGAUACCCAGCCUGCAGCUGAGAAAGACGGCAAGGGCAAAGGCCGCGCGGUGACAGUUGAAGAAGUCCCCGAGGCUGACGAUGAUGAAGAUGAAGAUGAUAGCGAGGAUGAGUAG